CAGGCACAUAAUUAUUUCAUAAGCAAUGAAUCUACGGCUCUGCCUCUGUGUCCUGCUACUUGCAUUUGUAAUACCUAGUUGUUGCCAGGGCAUGGAGGCCUCUGAUGUUGGCGUAAGAUUAUGUGGAAGAGAUUUCAUUCGGACAGUUGUCAUGUCCUGUGGAGGAUCAAGAUGGAAAAGAUAUUCACCAGAGCCUGGACAGGAGAGAUCAAAUCCCAACCGUGACUUUUUGAACUGGCUAAACAGAGCCUCCUUGGAGGACCCAGAUCGACUGAAUUCAUUGUAUGCAGACAGCCACAUAGCCCCAAAUCCUCCUUACGGUGCUCUGCAGAAGGAUGACCCGACAAUGGAUCAGCUCCAUGGCGCCCUUUAUGAUCCACUUGUGGCUGAGGAGCAGCAAGGUGUUGGACUGCGAAUGAAGAGAAGUGCUGGACCAGCAUUAUCCUGCUGCCAAAGGGGCUGCACCAAGAAUGAGCUCAUGAAGUUCUGCUAACAUUUGUUUUAUUUUGUAUACUUCCUUGAAAAUCCUGCACGGCAAG